UAUUGUAAACUGUAUAUAAUUGUAAAUACUAAAUAACUAAAUAUCGAUAGAAUUAAUUGAAUAGAUUUAAGAAUGAACGAUAGUAUCAUCGAUAUAUCGAAUGUAGAUAAGUGAUCGAGGAGCAAGAAGAAGGGACUUUUGGAUCGAGAAGUUGAAGGAGAAACAUCGUUAAUAAAGAAUAUAUAAAAUUGUUACAUUAUAAAUCCUUUUGUUAAAAAUUCGUAUUAUUUUUAUCGUUUAUAUAUGCUAUAAUUUUUAGCGCCACAACUCUUCAUCUUCCUCGUUUGCCAUUCACCACGCACAUAAUAACAAAUUAACACGCGGAGAUCUCGACAUAAACAAUGGAAAUUAAAAAGUCCAAAAAAUCGAAAAACGACAAGAAGUCCAAAUCGCCCAAGGAAUCGUCCGUUUCUCUUAAACUUACCGCUUUGCAUCGAAAGCAAAAGGAAGUCGCCCGCGUGCUCACUCUAAAACAGGAGAUAUUGCUGAAAUCGGCAAUAUCCUAUCUGGAAUAUCAGGAGAUUCGGGCAGAAAUCGAGCGACUUAACGGCUUGAAGGAGUUGUUUUCACGCCGCGCUGAUAAGCUAAAACAGCAGGACAAAUAGUUAUUACGCCCAUUUAAUUUAGUAGAUAUUUUAAGUGUAAUGACAUUGGUUUAUAACUUUUAUUCACUUGAAAGAUAUCAAUAACAGACAGUGAAUAAAUAAGAAAAUAAUUAAUAUAGUCAAAGCUGAUCGUAACUAAAUGCAA